CUCACGAAGAACUACACGUUUGGUAGAAAUGUCUCGUCUGAAAUAAAGACUGCAGCUGUCUUUAUUGGGAAAUUAACCAAGGGAUUACCCACUCGAAGAAAGAUGUUUCGAAAUGUUAGUAGUUUGCAUCAUUUAUAUUUUGCGACGACUAACUUUACUGUAAACCAUUACGAUAUAACCUGUUAGCAAAGAAACAUUAUUGGGAGUGAACUUAGCUUGGCGUCAAGGGAAACGGUUGAGAAGAGAUGCAGAGGAAGUAUCCAUAUAAACAAGGUUGUCAAAAACUAUGCUUGGACGUGACUGAGUAAUAUCAAUCUUCUGUGAGCAUAAUGCCACAUUUAACUCAGACUCUAAAGCGCAGCUAGCAAUAUUUCGCUAAUAAUGUAUGUUAGCAUGCAAGAAAGCUAACCGUGCAGCAUUGUAUCCGAAUCUUUCCAGUUAGAAGGACAAGAAACUCGCACGGCUAGCUAGUUAGAUAUUAGCUAGCUAGUGUGUAGCUGCAGGGGGAGUAGCUAGCCAGUUAGCUAGAGUUGUAAUUUGCUUUCUUUUGGCUUUCGAUCUACUUAUUUUGUUUUGAUUGAUUGCUAACCAUGCGUGCGUUGCUUAAUAGCUAACCAGCUAUUGCUAAUGCUAAGCUGCAAAGCGAGUCUGGUAUAUAUUCAGUUGAUUUUUAGCAAGCCAGCUAGUCCUUGAACGAAUCAAAUAAAUAGAUGGUUUGUGUCAAAUGUGCUGUACUUAAAUCAAGGAAGCCUUUUGAUUCGCGUGAAAUCCUGUUACUGCUGCUGCUACGAUUGAGGUGGAGGCCACGUCAGUGUCAUCGCAUUUAAGACGAGUUUUACAGCGUCAGAUCAGUUUAGGUACCACGAAUCGCCACUAUUCUAUGGACAGCCAGGCGUGGGUGAGGGUAAAAUCGAAUGUCACAAUAAGCUAGUUAGGUGUAUCAAUUUACUGACUACGGAUAGUUAGAUCUGUGUCGUGGCCCUAGGCGUCAGAUCAAAGACUUUCUCAAAUGGUGGGUUUCGGUGCAAAUCGAAGGGGAGGCCGCCUGCCGUCCUUCAUCCUGAUCGCGUUGAUGGUGGUUAUCCUGAUACUGUCAUUCAACUACUGGGCUGUAUCCAACAAGCACAGCCGCCUUUUGGAUGAGCUGGCGGAGGUGCAGACGCAGGUGAAGCGCACGGACGCAGCACGCAGCCGGCUGGAGAAGCGCAACUCCGAGCUGAUGGUGCAGGCGGACACGCAUCGGAAGCAGAUCGAUCAGAAGGACGGCGAUUACAGCGCGCUAGAGGGCAAGCUGCAGACGCGGGAGGCGCAGGUCAAAAAGUGCACAGACGAGAAGACGAAGCUGCAGAGUGAUUUCACAGCACAGAUGUCGGAGAUCCAGCGGUUGAAAGAGCAGCUGAAGGAGCUGCGGCAGGAGCUUGUGAAGCAGGAGGAGCAGCUCCGGGAGGUGAGGAGGAACAGCACUCACCUGGAGAGAAAGAUGGAGUAUGAGAGCUUGCAGUGCGGACGUCAGAUUGCCGCGCUGAAAGAGGAGUAUGAGGACAGCAAGAAGACUCUGGAACAGGAGGCAGCAAAGCUCAGACAGAACCUGCAGGAGAACCGCGUGGGCGCUCUGGUUGGAGGGCUCGCUGGCGGGGGAACGGACGGGCAGAACGGCGGAGAGCGCCACACAGAGGCCACACACCGCCGCGACAGCCCAGAGCUGAAAGAUCUGGGUAAGCCAGGCAGUGACGCAGGCAUGCCCGGCAUCGAGGACAGUGAAGUGGGGAAGAUGGAGGACGUGCCGUUCGCCUUGAGGAAGCCCGCUCUGAUGCAGAGCCCCCUGGAGGAGGGGGUGAACGCUGCAGACGAGCAGGAGCAGGAGCAGGAGGAGGGCGGGGUGGUGGGUGCGGAGCAGGACGGGGGGCCCGCGCGGGAGCUGCAGCCCGGCCCGGAGAAGGCCCCAGGGCCGCAGGCUGCAGGGGACACACCCGUCGUCCUCCUGGACGACAGCAAGGCGGCCCUGCGGGCGGAUGAGCUGGGGGAGCAGCACAGGCAGCUGAGGGCUCCUGAUGUAAAGGCGGAGGGGCAGGAAGUGAAAAGCGCUGGGCAGCCCCCGGCCCCUAUCCCCGGCCACAUCCCCCAGAACCCCAUGGAGUUGCGUCGUGCCCGAGACUCGGUGCCAGUGGACCCGCCCAGACACCGCCAGAGCCGUUUCUUUGAUGAGAACGAGUCCCCUGUAGAUCCGCAGCACGGCUCUAAGCUGGCAGACUACAACGGGGACGACGGGAACGUGGGUGAGUAUGAGGCGGACAAGCAGGCCGAACUGGCCUACAACGAGGAAGAGGACGGUGACGGUGGGGAGGAAGAUGUGCAAGAUGAUGAAGACCGGGAUCUGCAGGGAGAGAGGCCUGCAGACUACGGAAAGCGACACCAAGUCAUUGACGUCCUGUAGACCACAACAAGGCUCAAAAACAAAAAUCAACAUCAUCUGAUGGAAUGGAAAAGGCUUCUGUAAAUCAACGGAAAUGACAGGAAAAUGCACAGGAAAGCAUUCUUUUGCUUUUGCCUUUAUACUGGUGCUUUGAUGUCAUUCGUCUGCAGACUGGUUAGAGACAGUAAAGACAUGGUGGGUAGAAUUGUCCUAGACGCUUUCCACUGUAGCCAGAGAAAAUUCGCAAGAAAUGGUACCGGUCAGAAUAUGAUUCUGUAGAAUGGCUGAAACUCUACAUUCAAGUACUGUGAUCUUCAGGAGAUUAUUUUACAACCAAUCUGUCCAUCACUGUUUGAUUUACAAAAUGCAUAUUUUGUGAGAAUACAUUUCUGAUUUGAAAUGCAUAUAGACACACUGUUGUAAAUAGAUCAUGCUUUUUCAUUACAGAGAAUGGGUCUUACACUAGUAGAUGUAUAAGGGGGGUACCCAGCUGUGAGCAGGACAGUGCAGGAUGUUGGUAUGUCCAGAGCUACAGGAGCUUCGCUGUCUGGUUGGGACAGGGGACCACUGGCAGCUUGGGCCUGCGUCGGAAGCUGUCACUGACCCCAAUAUGCAGGCUCUCUAGUGUUCCAGCACAAGAAACAUUGACUAUGGCUUUUUUAGACCAGUUCUCUGGGAAGAUGCUUCUUGAUGAAGACCUGGAAUAGCUGUAUCCAGUGCAAAGCGAAAUACCGUAAAAGAGGUUUGGAACUGAGAGUUCUGUUUGUGAACUCUUGCUGGUCAAAAGGAGAAGGGCUUAAGCCCUGUGCAUGGACAGCCAAGACGUUCUCCCACAUCUCCAGGAAGCACUACUGAAAUGUUUGGACCUCAUCUCCAUCAAGAAACAAACUGCUGCAUGUAUUGGGAAAUCGCAAGCUUUGUUACCUAGUGGCUGAAAAAGAUGGCAGCAACACCUACUCCACGUUUAUAAUUAGGUUGGCAAACUCAUUGCACAUCUGGAGUUGACGCCUGUUCAGCAGCCUCCGCUACUGUGCUUUUAGAUAGUAUUCUUAGGCGUGCAUAAUGUACAUAGUAAAUAGGUCUGUGUGACAUGAACUAUUAUUCUUAACAGGUAUUUCAUUAAUGGGCCCUAAGAUAAGUAUUUCGCAUUUUUUGUAUAGAUUUCAAAAUCAGUUACAAAUGUGUGGGGCCAGCACAUUGAAUGUACCUUGGUGAGACUUUCCUUUAAAAAAAAUUUAAACGCGAUGUAAAAUAGGUCAUUAGACACAUAUACAGACCUGGCAGGGGGGUCAUAAAUAAAUAACAACGUAAGGCCAACCCGUGUUCUCUCCCACAAAGAAAAAUGUGAAAUUGUGAUCAGCUCCUGAAGGUAAUGAGAGCUUUUGUUAUCACUGUGGUGGGAACGUUAAUGUGAAUUGUGUAAUGUCUCUGGGGGGGGUCAUUCUCCUAACUUAAUACAUUGGCUUAACACUUCUCACAGUCAUGAGGGAAGGAGAACCACAUCACAUGAUUUAAUUCUCACCAUCCUAAAGAUAACACCUGUUUCUGUAUAUUCCCUGAAUGCUGUGUAAUCCUAAUUUAUUAAAAUAAGUAAUUCAUAA